AUGUCAAACCUUACAGGUCUUCUUGGCGAAUCCGUGAGAGAGUUCUCCACAUUUGGAUGCAGUUCAUGGCACUCUCUGGUGAAACAAUGGAGGAGAAGGAGGAACUUACCGGAGUUUCUUCUAAAAGAUACAGCAUCGGAGACUGAUGCUCAAAGUCACGGCGGCAGAGGAAUCACUGCAGGUGGAGCUAACGUCGGAUCUCAAAUUGGAUCCGUCACCGACAAAAGAGAGAAGCUUCUCAAAUUGGUUCAAUUUCCGCAAAGAGAGGAGAAAGCUUCACGCAGGAUGAACGGCGGCAGUCAGGAUCGUUGGCGUCAUCGGAUUCGCCGGAGAAGACGAUUACGAAAUCACAUGCAAAUCGAAUCGCAUAUGGAGCUCACGAGGAAGGAGAACUAUGUCGAGCAAAUGGAUGAAGGCAUGAUCAUAUAA